CCCACCCACUCGGCUUCAGCACCAUGAACAAACAGGACGCAGUGGUGAUUGUUUCGGCCGUGCGCAGUCCAAUCGGUUCCUUCAAUGGCUGUUUAUCGAGCCUGGCUGCCCAUCAACUAGCCUCAGUGGUGAUAAAGGAAGCCCUGAAGAAGGCAAAUAUACAACCAGAAGAUGUGUCUGAAGUGAUUUUAGGGCAGGUUUUAACUGCAGGCCAAGGACAGAACCCUGCUCGCCAGGCUAGUGUUGGUGCAGGAAUCCCCUAUCAGGUGCCGGCAUGGAGCUGUCAGAUGGUGUGCGGUUCCGGACUGAAGGCAGUGUGUCUGGCUGCACAGGCCAUCCUGACCGGGAGCUCCGACAUUUUGGUCGCUGGAGGCAUGGAGAGCAUGAGCAAGGCUCCACAUGUGGUGCAGAUGAGAGCUGGACACAAAAUGGGCAACGUGCCCCUUCACGAUAGCAUUCUGUGUGACGGGCUGACGGAUGCUUUUCACAGUUACCACAUGGGAAUGACAGCUGAGAACGUGGCCAAGUUGUGGAGUGUGAGCCGGGAAGCCCAGGACAGAUUUGCUCUGCAGUCUCAGGAGAGGACUGAAAUGGCACAAAAAGCAGGAUUUUUUGUGAAAGAAAUUGUUCCCAUCUCUGUGCCAUCCAGAAAAGGCUGCAUUGAGGUGGUGGAUGAUGAAUUCCCCCGUCACGGGAGCAGCUAUGAAGCCAUGUCAGCUCUCAAGCCGUACUUUUUAACUGAUGGGACUGGCAGUGUCACUGCUGGUAAUGCAUCCGGUAUAAACGAUGGGGCUGCAGCUGUGAUUCUGAUGAAGAAAUCAAAGGCCCUUGAGAGAAGUCUGACACCUUUGGCACGCAUCGUAUCCUGGGCACAAGCUGGUUUGGAUCCUUCUGUUAUGGGAACAGGCCCGAUCCCAGCCAUAAGGAAAGCGGUGGAGAAGGCCGAGUGGAAGCUGGAUAUGGUUGACCUAUUUGAAAUUAAUGAAGCUUUUGCAGCACAGUCGAUCGCUGUUGUUAAGGAGUUGGGUUUGAACCCAGACAAGGUGAACAUCCAGGGUGGUGCCAUCGCCUUAGGCCACCCCCUGGGAAUGUCUGGCUGCCGUAUCCUGGUCACACUACUGCACGCACUGGAGCGAACAGGAGGAACUCGUGGGGUGGCUGCUCUGUGCAUCGGUGGUGGUAUGGGAAUAGCCAUGUGUGUUGAAAGACAAUGAAUCCAGCAGGAGGCUCAGCUGCAGAGACCCAGGUUUGGUGGAGGGCACAGUGAUUUCACACAGCGGACUGAUUUCAAGCUGCAUUCCAGUCACUGACCAUGCUCAAUGACACAUUGGUCCAGAGUACCCUGCAGAGCUAAUGGCAGGUUCACAAUCAUGCCUUUGUUUGGGGAAAAGGUACCUCUUGGUAAGGAAGAGGUGCAAACAGAAGGUCACAGAGUCACACAGCUCAGAAACAGGCCUUUCAGCCCACCUUGUCCAUGCCAACCAUCUACACCAAUCCCACUUAGUCUGUACCCUUCUCUGCUAUGGCGAUUCAAGUGCUUGUCCAGAUACUUAUGAAAUGUUGUGAGAGUCCCUGUCUCCACCACCCCUUCAGGCAGUGAGCCUUCCUCUGGGCCAAAAGGUUCUUCAGGUCCCCUCUAAACCUCUUACUCGUCACCUUAAACCAGUGCCCUCUGGACUUCCACAGUGGGAAACGUUUUUCACUAUCCACGCGAUCUAUGCUACUCAUCGUUUUGUAAAGCUCCAGCUUCCCUCUCAGUCUCCUCUGCUCCAAGGAAAGCAAACCCAGUCUCUCAUCAUAACCCAAACAUUCCAUCCCAGGCAACAUCCUGGUGAAUCUCCUCUGCACCCUCUCCAGAGUAAUCAUAGCCUUCCUGUAGUGCACAGUAUUCUAAUGUUUAUUAUAAAGUUGUGCCGAGACUCUCACCACGUAGAGUCAUAGUCAUGCAGCAAGGAAACAGGUCCUUCAGCCCAACUGGUCCAUGCUGACCAAGAUGCCCAUCUAAACUAGUCCCAUUUGGCCCAUAUCCCUCUAAACUUUUCCAUCUAUCUGUCCAAGUACCUGCCUCAACCACUUCCUCUGGCAGCUUAUUCCAUAUACUGACCACACUCUAGGUGAAAAAGUUGCCCCUCAGGUUCCUAUUAUAUCUCUCCCCUCUCACCUUAAACUUAUGCUCUCUAGUUCUGAUUCCCUAACCCUGGGAAAAAAGACUAUGCACAUUGACCCUAUCUAUGCCCCUCAUGAUUUUAUGUACCUCAUAAAAGAUCACCUCCCAUUCCCCUACAUUCCAUUGAAUAAAGUCCCAGCCUUCACAACCUCUCUCUAUACACUCAGUUCCUCAA